UGGAUACUACAAUGAUGAAGAAUGUCUUGAAGAUAAAGUGUUUAUGAGACUCCUAUGAGAACAAGACGCUUGCAGCGUAGGCAUGUUUUUUCAAAAAAUUCUUGAGUAACCAUCAGAUCUUCUUUUGUUAUCAGCAAACAGGUGAUGCUUGAAAGCAAACCCUCUGCCACCUCCACUGCUUAAUAGGUUACUUAGUAAGGCCACCUGAACAGAAUUUAUAAAGCGUACUGACACCCACAUGAGAACAGUCUAUCCUAUAUUUCUCACAACAUUACCAAGACGUCUAAUCAAAGGCUAAAUAAUGAGGUCGCUGACAGUGUCUUUUCUCCUGACAUCCUGCUUCCUGAGCUCACAAAGUAUAAAGGUUACGGACAGUGGGUUUACCUUUACACUGGAGGCUGUAAAGAUUCUGAAGCAACUGAUGGAAUCUCUUGAAAAUGAAAAUCCUGAUCUAUCUGCAAGCCCUCCAGUGCCUCUCUGUAUCAACCCAAAUCUCCCGGAAGAGUUCCUGGAAGUGUGCCAGCGAGAAGAUCAAGACCGAAUCUUUGCAAAUCUGGUUCAAAUCAUCACACCUCCAGACCCAUGUGAGAUCUGUGCCAACGCUGCCUGCACUGGAUGUGUGUUCAAUAAGAUUUAACUCACCUGCUUUCCAUGAAGCAUCCUUUCGUCUUUUUCUGCUUUUUCUUUGUUUGGUUACUUGUGUGUUUGUGUUUGUAAGGGGGUCGGGGGUUGUCUUUUUCCGAUCAACCCUCGAUGUUGAUAAUGUACACUACAUGUAAGUCAUAUUUUAAAUUGCUGUACUUGCAGAACUUUAAAAUACACUAUAUGACCAAACAUUUUUGGACAUCUGACCAGCACACCCAUAUAUGUCCCCAGACUGUUACCACAUAGUUGGAAGCACACAAUAGUAUAGGGUGUCUUUAUAUGCUGUAGCAUUACAAUUUCCAUUCACUGGAACUAAGAGAUCCAAAUCUGUUCCAGCAUGACAGUACCCCUGUGCACAAAGCGAGGUUCAUGAAGACACGUUUUGCGAAGGUUGUAAUGGAAGAGCUUGAGUGGCCUGUACAGAAUCCUGACCUCAACACCAAUGAAAACGUUUAGGAUGAACUGUAACACUGACCGCACCGCAGGCCUCCUUGUCCAACAUCAGUGCCCGACAUCAAUAAUGCUCUUGUGGCUGAAUGAGUAAAUCCCCAUGUUCCAAAAUCUAGGGGAAAAUCCUUCCCAGAAGAAUGGAGGUUAUUUUAACAGCAAAGGGAGACCAAAUCUGGAAUGGACUGUUCAAAACUCACAUAUACUGUAGGUGUGAUGGUCAGGUCUCCACAAAAUUUUGGCCAUAUUGUGUAUCUAUAUUUACUUUUAUUACAGUAUAAUUUUUGCUUUGUUUAUGCUUCCCAAUGUACCAUAAUGAUCAUAUCGGUUUUAUACCAUAUAAAAUGGCUACUAUGAUAUCUACUAGAGUAAGUCUGAAAUAGUGUGUUAACCUUUUGUCACAAUCAGUUUUAGUCUAGAGGCUCUUUUUAACAUAAGUAUGGUUUAGAACUUUAAAGGUUUGCCAUUUCUGAAUCUGAAAAAUGACUAAAUACCCUCAGUUAAACAAUAUAAUUAAGGCUUGACAUUUAUGAAGCUAAAAAUGACCUUGCAGAAUAAUAAUAAGGUUAUUCAAGUCUCAAGUCUGCAAAACUACUGGAUCGUGUAAUCAAGAACAUGUUACUGUCAUUCCAGUUAUUGCAUGUAUAGACAAGGAUGAAACAUGCCAAAGGACUAUGCUCCAAAAGAUUCUCAGUGCAGGGCUACUAAUAAAGUAAAGGCUGUGACAAAUGUUAGAUAGCAAUAGCAUGGUUGUAGUAAAAACCAACAGUUAAAGUACAAUGUGAUAAAUACACAUGCUAGUGUACGUAAUGAAACAAUACAGUCUGCACAGAAAAAUAGCCAGGAUUAACUAAAACAUUUUUAAGGGUAAUUCCAUGAUUUGUGUGCAUUUAGUCCUAUAAUUCUUCAAAUGAGCAAAAAACACUAAAUAUGCUUAACUAGAAUCCAAGCUAAAGACAUUAGGACAUUAAGGAAUGAUUAACUUUGUUGUUGUUGUUGUUGUUGUUGUUGUUGUUAUAAUGUAUCUUCAAUUUCUCAUUUGUGUGACAGGGUUGUGCUUUCAAACUGACCACCUCAGCCAAUAGUCACACUGAAAAUCAAAUAAAAUUUAAAAAAAAAAAAAAAAAU